AUGCUUUUAGACCAGAAAUAUCAGCCGAAAACGUUGGAAGAUAUUCAAUUCAACGAGAAGCAUGCAAAAAACCUCAAAAACUUUACGCUAUCCACAAUUCCGCAUCUAAUAGUUCAUGGAAGACCAGGUUGUGGUAAACGAACUCUUGUUUACGCGUUUAUCAACCAUUUAUUCGGCGAGCAGCCUAAAACUCACCACAGAAGCAUUGAAGUUACCAGCUCAAGCGAUAAAAAAAUUACGAUAUCUUAUGUCGAGUCUGACGAAUACGUAGAAAUAUGCCCGUCGGAUUACAACUUCAAAGACAAAGACGUGAUACAAAAUGUGAUUAAGAAAAUGGCGGAGACGAAACCAAUAACCAGUCUAAUAUCGAAGAAAAGGCAAGACAAACUCAAGCUUAUUUUGAUAACAAGGGCUGAGAAGUUGACUAAAGAUGCACAGGCUGCUCUGAGACGCACAGUGGAAACGUACGCCGAUAAUUUCAGAAUGAUCCUCAUAUGUAACGAUAUUACAGGUAUAAUCGAUCCCAUAAAGAGCAGGAUGCUAUGUUUAAGGAUAACUGUGGCGCCUUCUGAUCUCCUUUUGAGAACGUUAUCGGAGAUUAAUACGCAGGAAGGUAUUUGUGGUAGUAAAGAAACGCUGAAACAGAUAAUAAAUGAUUGCAACGGAAAUUUCAGACGAGCACUUUUCUUUUUGCAGAGAACGCAGCUUGAUGGUGCGGGCGAAGAGAAAUCAAAACGACUAAAAAAGCAGGAAAGCACAUUUAAAUUAGACUGGGAAAUCACUGUGGCAGAUGUAGUUGAGAUGAUGAUGAAGGAACAAUCGAACACAAUGGUUCUAAAUAUUAGGUUGCAGUUAAAUGAACUGCUGAUCAAAUGUGUACCGCCCCGAUUGAUACUGAAAACCUUGUUUGCGAUUUUGAUAUCUAAGGUAAAACCGAUCGAUCAUCAUAAUUUAUGUAGACUGACAGCAAAAUAUGACGGUAGGAUAACGCUUGGAACAAAAAGCAUAUUUCAUCUCGAAGCGUAUGUGAUAGCUGUGAUGUUGCUCUUUCAAAAGAAAUAAAGCAUCACAAUGCUGUUUAAAA